UUGGUUAUGAUAUUUGAGUGGGCAACCAUUUUGUUUGUUGGGUAUUUAAUUAUGUUGGCUUAUGCAGGCUAUAAGCAGAAAAGCGGAGAAAUCCCUGAUUUUAAGGGAAGAGUUGUAUUGGUCACUGGUGCAAGUAGCGGCAUUGGCAAGCAACUUGCAAAGGAUCUUAACAAGAAUGGAGCAGAGGUCAUUAUAACUGCUAGAAGAGUUGAACAACUUGAGGAAGUGAAAAAGGAGUGUCAGUUUCCUGAAAAGAUUCAUGUUGUUCAGAUGGAUCUUGCCAAUAUUGAAGAACUUACACAAAUUGCUAAGGAUCUUAACAAUAAAUUCAAAAUUGAUAUGCUUAUCAACAAUGGAGGAAUUAGUAUGAGAGAUGAGUUCAAGAAUCUGAGCCUCAAAAUGGCAAAACAGAUGAUGAAUGUCAAUUAUCUCUCAGUCUGCGCUCUCUCCAGAUAUAUUGGAGAAGGAAUGGUGGCAAGAAAAUCCGGCCACAUUAUCAACAAUGUAUCAAUGGCUGGAUUGUUCCCAGUUCCACUGAGAACUAUCUACUCUGCUUCAAAAUAUGCUGUGAAGUUGUUCAGUAACAGCGCAAGAGCUGAGCUGAGAGAUUCAGGGAUUGUAGUUACAGAUGUUUUCCCAGGAUAUGUUCAAACUAACAUAUCAGCAAAUGCUCUGGUUGGAGAUGGAAGUGCUUUCGGAAAGAUUGAUGAUAAUAUCAGCAAAGGAAUGAAGGUAGAGGAACUUUCAAGAAGAAUCUUGCACUACAGCAGGAAGAAUGAAGAGCAGAACAAGGGGAAGCCUAGUCUUUUCAAGUUUCUUUUUGUUGACUAUAGUCGUCUCGUAGUAGACAAGUUUUAUGUCAAACUUGCUGCCAUCCUUUCUUGCUUAGACGAUGACAUCUACAAGUUCAUCAGCCAGAUCAAAUACAAGUCUCAAAUCAAGGUCAUGAGAAAGGCUCAGUAG